AUGGUGCUGCCACCGUACAGUCCUGACAUCGCUCUCUCCGAUUACUACCUGUUCUCCCAUCUGCCGCAUCACCUGAGGGAGAAGCAAAUUGAAACAGAGAGCGUUGUCGAAUUCGGUUUGACCUCAUACUUUUCCUCUCGGCCAGCGUCCUUCUGGAAGGACAGUGUCGAGCGUCUGCCUGGACGGUGGCAGCAAGUGGUCAAUGCAGAUAGAGAAUAG